AUGUCUGAAAGUGGAUGGAAUAGAAUUGAUUCAGAUGCUGGUUUAUUCACUGAACUUGUGGAAAAACUAGGUGUUGAAAACAUUGAAAUCAAUGAUUUAUUUUCGAUAGAUUCAGAUUCACUUAAACAAGUACAACCUAUUUAUGGAGUAAUUUUUCUUUUCAAAUAUAAUAAAUUAUACAGAGAAUAUCUUAAUAAAAAUCAACCAAUCACUGGUACUUAUGAUCCUGAAUAUUUAGAUAAUGGGAUUUUUUUUGCCAAUCAAACUAUUCAAGAUGCUUGUGCUACUCAAGCAGUACUAAAUGUUUUGUUCAAUUUAGAUGAUGUCAAAUUAGGUGAUGAAUUGAAUAAUUUUAGAUCAUUUGUUACUGGAUUUGAUAGUAUGAUGAUUGGUGAAACUAUUUCAAAUAGUGAUUUAAUUAGAUCGGUACAUAAUUCAUUCCUGACUCCUCAUCCAUUUGUUGAUGAAGAUAAACAACCUCCAAGUAAUAAUGAUGAUAAAGAUGAUGGGUUGUUUCAUUUUGCUGGGUAUGUUUUCAAAAAUGGGAAAAUUUAUGAAUUAGAUGGAUUAAAACAAUAUCCUAUUAUGCAUGGUGAUUGUGCUAAUCAAGAAGAGUUUGUUGAGAAAUUACCUCAAGUUCUUCAAGAGAGAAUUGCUAAAUAUGGAGAUGAAGUUAGAUUUUCAUUGUUGGCUAUUACAAAUAAUAAAUUAGAACAAGCAAGAAGUAUAGGUGAUGAAUUUGAAGUUUCUAAUCAAUUAUAUAAACGUGAAAUGUGGAAAUCAGAAAAUGAAUUAAGAAAACAUGAUUACACAGGGUUGAUUGUUCAAUUAUUGAAAAAUAUAAGUAAAGAUAUGAAUGAUGAACAAUGGGAACAAUUCUUGAAAAAAGGAAGAGAUAAAACUAAACAAAUGAUUGCCCAAUCAAUCAAUAAAUAA